GCGGCUCCGUGCUGUGGAAGGGGCUUCGGGUCGUGGCAAACCCAUACGGAAGCUACGAGCAGUACAGCCCCGUCCACGGAGCCGAUCGUUCCUUCGGGACCCAGAGGGAUCCGCUCUUUGCAGAGGGCAGAAGGACGCGGCCGCUGCCCGGCGCAGCGCUGCUCUCCCUGCAGCCAUCGGGGCAGGAAGGAUGGAUGGCUAUGCUUGUGGGAGAAACCAAGGGCCGGAAUUUAAGUCAGAGUUUAAGCCUUAUCACCUCAUGCCGUUUUAUUUUGCAGGAGAAAUAAUUUCCUGCAUUCUCUCGCUGUCACGGAAAAACCACCUUUGUUCCCAAUGUCCCAAAGUGCUUUGAUAUUCAUUCUGAUGGAAGGAAAUGAAUGAGCAGCGUAACGCUGCCUGGAGCUGUGAGCUGGAUGGUUCUCUGCACCUUUGGAACAUUCAAGCUUGUGGAUAGAGAAGGCUGAGAUUAGCUGGUAUUAGUAAUUGCUAAUCACAGAGGCUGCCAGGGUAAAAUUAGAAAGGGAAUGUGUUGUGGAAUGUCACCGACCCCUGCUGAGUGCUGCUGGUAUGGAGCUUCCCCAUCUCUGGGCAGACUGAAUGCAUGCAUUUUCUUCCAGUAGGAAGUAACUCAACCAAUAGAAGUUGGGUUUUCUUCUGACCUUCUGUUGGCAGAAUACCUGCCCAGGAGAUGGGAGCACUAACGUACGCCUAACGCAGACUAAAUCCAAUUGGUGUAUCUUCAUCUGCAGGGAAUCCAAUUACUGGACUCGGUAAUUCGCUGCCAUUGAAACGGGUUUAUUGGUGGCUGCCCUGUGUCUGUGCCUGCAGGUGGUGUCCAUUCGGUGUCGGUGUCGUGCAUAGGGUGGGCAUCCCCCAGCACGUGACCCCAGAGGAGGGGGAGCAGCGUUUUAUCCUGGAUGUGUGAGAAACAGGAAUCUCUCUGGAUCUCUGGUUGUGCUGCAUCUCCUCGCAGCCAGCAGUGGGAGCCUGAGCCCGGCGUUGUGAUGCUCCAUGCUGCUGCCUGCAGCUGAUGCUGUGUGUUCAGCGGUGGGAUGGGGAAACUGCAGAGUAAGAUCAGCUUGCACACGGCCACGUAUGGGGCUGAUGGCUCCACGGGAAGGCCAGGACGUGGUGCGGUGGUGGAGCUGAACACCCCUGCACACAGUGAUGCUGUCACCUGCGUGGCUGCUGUCAGACCAGAGCUCUGCGUGUCGGGAGGAAAGGAUAAGAGUGUGGCUGUCUGUAAUUGGAGGUCCGGAGCUGUGCUGGGGCGCUUCAUCAGCCAUGAGCACGAGGUCACCAAGGUCACCUGCACCCAUGAUUCCAACAGAGUCUUCAGUGCAUCCCGGGACAGAACAGUAAUGAUGUGGGAGCUCCACGGGACAUCGGGGCCAAGGCAGUUCUUCCCAGGCCAUGAGCUGGUUGUUACUGGGCUGGCUGUGAGCCCGGAUGCGUCGCGGCUGUGCACAGGUUCACGAGACAACACCAUUCGCAAAUGGGAUGUGGAGACUGGAGAGUGUCUGUGCAGAGCUGCUCUCUCCAGGAACCUGGUAACACAUCUGUGCUGGGUCCCUGGGGAGCCCUACAUCAUCCAGACAUCAGAGGAUAAAACCAUCAGGAUGUGGGACAGCCGGGAGCUGCAGGUGGCACACACGUUCCCAGGCAAGCAGCACAUCCAGACAAGCUGUGAUGUGAGCCAGGACGGGCGAUACUGCGUCAGCAGCAGCAGCGGAUUUUCUGGGGAGGGCUGCGAAGCAACACUGUGGGACCUACGGCAGACCAGGAGCCGAGUGUGUGAGUACAGAGGGCAUCUGCAGACCACAGCCUCAUGUGUGUUCCUUCCACGAGGUCCUGCUCUCACCCCCAGCAUUGCCACGUCCUCAUACGACAGCAAAGUGAAGAUCUGGGACCGGGACACUGCAGCCUGCCUUGCCACUGCAUGCCUCGAGGGAGCUGGACCGCUGGUCUCACUGGCUGCCUGCGACAGCUCCACGCUGCUCUGCGCCAGCUUUCGCUCAGGGAUCCACGUGCUGCAGCUGAGGCACCGUGAGGAGCUGGAGCUGGAGAAGGUGGCAGUAUUUUGACCACAGAUCCUUCCCAGCAGAGAUUGUCCAUGGGGAUCUGAUCCUCCAAUUCUUCCACUGACAGCAGGCACCAGGUGACCUCGUGCCUGCAGAGCAGUGACAGCGGAGCCACGGUGCACAGGGGAUGUAUUGCCUGUUGUUUGCUUGUGGGCUAUGGGAAGCCAUUAGAGCUGGCUAGAAGAAGAGCUGAAUCAGUGAUGCUUUCAGGCCAAAUUCUCACUGCUGAUAAGAGCAUUGUGGGCUUUAGUCACAAAAUCUCCACACAACCUGGCUGUAAAGGGAGCCAACGGAGGAGAAAUGAGCUAUGACAAAGCACGUGCCUUCUCUGUGCUGUUUCUCAGGUCUGAGUGUCUGAUCAGAGCACUCCUCCUGCACCAAGAAAACAGCUUUUACUGUGAAAAGAAGGAACAACCAAGCUGUCACUUCACUGCUGUGAGAGGAAACCAGGGAUCAAUGUCUCUCCCUGGAUCAGAUUUAAAUCAGCACUGCUAGGUCAGCUCACAGCGCACUGCCUCCAGAGGACUCCAGGGAAUGAACAGUGUGUAUUUUACCUGCUGUGACACAACUGGCUCCCAGUUCUGCAGCAGGUGGCUCAUGUCUGGCCCGUGUGGUCCCAAGCGGCAGCUCUGCAGCAUGCCUGGGCAUCAGGCAGGGAAUGCUCAGCCUCCUCUCCUUGCUCCAGUUUUUCAUCCUGCUGCAUGGGGCUGAGCGAGUAUAAAUGCAGUUCACUGGUGUCUAACAUUUCAUCCUAAGCCAGCUAGAAGUAUGCUGCUGUGCCGGGCGGGAGCAGAACAAGCACUGGGUAAGGACUGUCCCAUGGGCAGCCGGCUGAGAAACAUCCCAGGAGUUUGUUCCUUAUGGGCAGGGAGAUCCCUGUCUGUGCAGCUGGCAGCAUAUAAACUCUUCAAAUGAUACCUGAGAAGGGGCAUGUGCACACAUAGCUGGAUGUUUAGGCUUAUACAAGAGAAGACAGCAAUUAAAUAUGGCUUUUGUGCUAUUUCCUGGCCUCGAGUCUGUUAACAUUUUUCCUGGGAGUAAAUAAGACAGAAUAUGCAGCACUUGGCAGAUGCCACCAUACUUCUAAGGAAGCAGAGAGCACACAGCCCUCUGUUAGAAGAAAGGAAGUAACUCACACGUGGUUUUUUGAUGUCCCCCACUGCAAAUGUUGAGAACAGCACUGUGUCUGUUUCCCAUGGACAACGGACAGCUGCUCUCCAGGUGACAAAGAAGAGAUGACCGUUUUUUUUUAGGACGAGGGGAAAUGGUUUUAAGUUGAGGGAGGGGAGAUUGAGGUCGGACAUCAGGGGGAAAUUCUUUACCCAGAGAGUGGUGAGGUGCUGGAACAGCUGCCCAGGGAGGCUGUGAUGCCCCGUCCAUCCCUGGAGGUGUUCAAGGCCAGGUUGGAUGGGGCCCUGGGCAGCCUGGGCUGCUAUGAAAUGUGGAGGUUGGUGGCCCUGCCUGUGGCAGGGGGUCGGAGAUUCAUGAUCCUUGAGGUCCCUUCCAACCCUGGCCAUUCUGUGAUUCUGUUUUU